AUGGCUGCGCGGAGACCGGAAAUGGACGCUACCUGUGAUCUGUGGGAGGGGAAGUGGGUGUACGAGCCGGAAAUGUAUCCGUUGUGGAGGACCGGGUCUUGUCCGUGGGUCGAGACUGGGUUUGAAUGUGAAGCCCUGGGUCGGCAUGACACGGAUUACGUGAAAUUCAGAUGGCAACCGCAUGGUUGCAAUCUACCAAGGCAAUUCAGAAUCCGCAACCGGUUUGAGAGCGCGCUGUGUCUCCUCGACAUUGAUCUUCCUGAUGUCUCUGCUGUUGUCGAGCGCACGGGCAACAACCUGACCAGGAAGGUGGAUACGAUGGUGUAUGAUUUCACUCAGUUCAACUUCACAGUCGAGUACCACCUCUCACACUUCCUCGUGGGAUUCCAUCGCGCCCCCCCUGAUGCGCCACCUCACAUUGGAGCAGUGGUGAACACAGACGUGGUUGACCCUCUCUUCGCUCGGAGGCUCUUUGACGAUCGGCCAGAGGGGUUGAUACUUGUGCUCAAUGCAGGCCACUGGUUCACCCCAUCUAAGAUAUCGUCUCAGAACGUCUCAUUCCUGGUGAAUAACCAGACUCGCCCAGACAUUGAUGAGACUGAGGGGUUCCGCCUGGCCAUGCUGCGCGUGUCAGAGUGGCUGCAGCAGUGGCCGCCACAGGCUGCCAAUGCCACAGCUGUUUUCCGCACCUAUGCACCCGCCCACUUUGCGUAA